UGAUCUCAAGAUUUGCGCUUCGAAUUGCUACGCGAGAAUAGCGUUAUAAAUACUUUCAUGGGACGGAGACUUAAGCCAUUUAAACCACAAAGUGUAUUCAGAACUUGCUCGGAAAAGAUGGUCCCCAAUAAAGUUGUACAUAGAUAUCAAGCCCAUGUAUUCCAAGGUCAUGCGAGUAAAAUUCUAGUCAAGUUGGCGAUGACCUACUGCCGUAACCCGUUACAGGCUGGAACUGUUGGAUGGGUUCAAUGUUCGCGGAAUCUCUUUACGUCGAGGCAUACACAGUCAAAGUCGGAAGAGUCAUCCACUUCCCACCAUUGCACAUGCCAACAGCUUCGAAGAAAUAGUACAGCCGCCCGCGGAAGGCAUCUGGCAGCGCUCCGGGUCAAAAGUUUCCAGUCAAGAGAGUAAUGGAUCUCACGUGAGGCUAAUGGGAAAUCGUACCGCAAUCAGAACGGAUGGCUUUACCUCCCACGAAACGAAUCACGAGCUUUUUGGAGCAAACAGUAUUUGAGGCAAGAAAAGAGGGGGAGGGGGAGAGGGAAGAGUGAGAGAAAGAGAAAGAGAGGAAAUCC